CAAACCGGGUUACCGGGUGGAGUCAGGUCCGCAAUUGGAUUUGGCCCAAAGUGAACUGAUCCGGUUUGUAUUUACCCUAACGCGAUUCUCCCUCAUCCUUGAGGAGAAACGAAAUAACGUUGCCACUCACGAAGACGAACACGAACGUAGAACUUUUCCUCUCGUCUCUCAGACUCUCCUUCUAGACGACACUAUCUCUGCUGCGACUUGA